AUGGGGGCGGUCAUUACCGAUCUAAAGUCCCCUCUUAACAUCUGGUACCUCGAUGAUGGUACCAUUGGGGGCAAACCGGAAGAGGUGGAGCAAGACUUGCUCGUCUUGCUGCCGCGCCUGAAGGAUAUGGGGCUGGAAGUGAACACCUCCAAAUUUCCUGAGGCACUACAAAUUCGUAGGAAUCUCCUUCUCCUUGCGGGCGAACGUCUCAAGGGUUUGACUCCGCACGUGGCCUUAGUUCUAUUGCAAAAGUGUUUCGCCGUUCCCAAGAUCACGUACCUGUUGCGCACGGCCCCUGUUUGGUUAUUCCCGGGUGACAUUGAGACCUUUGAUUUGGCGAUUAAGUCGACGAUUGAGUCGGUGGUCAAUGUGUCCCUGGAUGAUAUUCAGUGGACACAAGCAGGUUUGCCAAUCCGUCACGGAGGCAUUGGGGUGCGGCGUGUGGGGGACAUUAGCCUGCCGGCCUUCUUGGCGUCGGCCCAUGGGGUUGCUGACCUAGUUGCUAAAAUGUUAUCACUAAAUGGCGACGGGGUGAGCAUACCGUAUGUGGCCGACGCUGUGAGACAGUGGUUGGCUAUCAACCCAGGUGCGUCCGUCCCGGAGAACCCAAGACUCCAGCGCGCGUGGGAUGAGGUAGGGUGUAAGGCCACCUUGGACGGUCUGGUUGGGAACGCUUCGGGUGUGGACCGCGCAAGGCUUCUGGCAGUGGCGCGGCCAGAAUCAGGGGCUUGGCUGCAGGCGUUACCCUCCCCUCAACUGGGUACGUUACUCGACGGUGACUCGUUGCGGGUGUCCGUCGCUCUCCGCCUGGGCUGCGAUGUAUGUCAACCACAUUUAUGCAUCUGCGGUUCCACGGUGGGGGCUGACGGCCAUCAUGCAUUGAGUUGCCGUCGAUGCGUCGGGAGGCAUCCGCGUCACCAUGCCUUGAACGAUAUUGUCCAGAGGGCGCUCAGAUCAGCGGGUGUUCCAUCCGUGCUUGAGCCUCCGGGUCUAAGUCGCACGGACGGCAAGCGGCCUGAUUGCCUAACCUUAGUGCCGUGGGAGAGAGGGCGGUGCCUGGUCUGGGACGCUACGUGCGUCAGCACCUUCGCCGCCUCUCAUAUCAGUCGCACGGCACGCGCGGCCGGAGCGGCGGCCGAGUCUCAGGCGGCGGUGAAGCGCCAAAAGUAUGUUCCCUUGGGCUCGGGUUAUAUUUUCGUCCCUUUUGCGGUGGAAACGGCGGGCUGCUGGGGUGCUGACGCGAAACAAUUUGUGCGUGACAUAGGCCGUCGACUCAGGCAAAAGGGAGAGGAUCCCCGCUCCGAAUCGUUUCUGGUGCAGAGGCUGUCCAUAGCCAUCCAGCGGGGUAAUGCCACAAGAGUAUGGGGAAGAGAAGAUCGAGUUUCAGAUGAUAGUGCGUGUUCGAAUAUCGGUCGCGGUAACGAAACGAACCGAGGCCGAGGAGAGUCUAGGAUUUCAUCGCAGGAUAAAAAGAGAAUGCAGUUAAAGAUAUGUUGGCAAGAAAACAUUGCAAAAUUCGAAAGUAUAAAACGACAUCUCCAUGAAAAACAGCGUGAUUUAUUGAAAUUAUACGCUACGUUGCGUUCAAGUCACAAGGAGUUGUUAGAAAUGGGCCAAACAAUGUGCUUGCCGCCGUCGGAGGAUUUAUCAAUCAUGAAUGUUGGCAAACUAGCCCCAGGACAGCUGCUGCAACUGUGCGCUGGGCGAGAAACCAACGAAACACAGAUAUCUCAUACUCCUUUUGAUAUACAUUUAUUACGUGAAAUACAAAACAAAAUUGUUACUUCGUGCGAAGAAACAUUAAAUAGUAGAAAUAAUAUUAUUGAUUGGUUUGAGGACGUCAUGGCUAAGAAAACGAUUACGAGAAAUGAUCUCGUUAAAAAAAUCAAAGAAUUUAAAACUGAGAAUGAAGUAUUUAAAAGGUCACUGGAUAAGAAUAAAGUGGAUUACUUACGUUUUUUAAACAAUUCGCAGAUUUUUUUAAAUUCCAGACACGAUGCGAAUAGCGCAUUAGCCAAUGAACUGUGUUUUCAAAGUUUAUCAUUGAAAUUAACAGAAGUAAAUGCAUUAAACGAUGAACUACGAAAAAAACUUAAAGAGGCGGAGGAUAAAGCAACAUUUGCUGAAAACAAGUCAAGGGAAAGUGAAAAGCAAUUAAGGGACGCGAAACAUAAAAAGAGAGAUCACAUGUCGAGAGCUGCUGACUUACAGUUAAAAUUCAAAGAAGAGGAAAUGGCACACCUCAACGUAGCCUUGGAGCAAGCUCAUUCUAAAAGCCGGAUAUUGGAAAAAACGGUUUGCCAAUUGCGCGAAGAGAACCAAGAAAUGCAGUCAAAUUAUGAUAAUGUACUGAAAAAACUGAACGAAUCUAUUGAUAUAAAUACGAAACUGUUUGAUGAAAUUACUGCUGAUCGAAGCAAACUAUUAGUCGAAAAACAAGAUCUAGAAAAUCAACUCCUAGAACUUAGUAAAAAUUUUGAAGAAACUUUACACACUACGAAACACGAGUCAAAUUUAUGUAUUGCGAAGUUAGUGGAAACAGAGAAGAAAUACAAAGAAGUAUUAGAUGAGAAAAAUAUACUGGCUGACAAAAUAAUGGAAACAGAGAAGCAAUACAAAGAUGUAUUAGAUGGGAAAAAUAUACUGGCUGACAAAAUAGAAUCUAUGUGUGCACAACUUCUCGAGUCAGAAUUACGAUUUAAGAACGUCUCGAAGAAAUUAAUAGAAAUGGAAUCAAAUUCAAGAGACGUUGCUGAAUGCCGCAAGAAAAUAGAUGUGUUGAAUUUUCACCUUGAAAAUACUAAAGAAGAACUGCUGGAAUAUAAAACUAAAGUAACCCAACAAACAGUACUUAUGCAAGAAUUACGGCAAAACUGGAACAACGCUGUCGACUCAGAAAAACAGUUGAAAAAUAAUUUGAAUAAUAAGGAAAAGUAUAUUUUAGAGCUGGAAGGAGUACGAAACCUGCUCGAACAACGCCUACUCGAAAGUGAAUUGAAAAUACAAACAUAUUCAGAAGAAUUGUCAAAUAUCAAAACUGUACUACGUGAAGUUUUCGGAGAAUUUGAAACCAUAGUAGAAUUGCAUGAAAUGAUAAAGCAGCAAACCCUUCAGCUAGUAGAAGCCAAUCUAAAAAAUAAUACUUUGACUGAAGACUUAAUCGAAAAGGAUAUUGAACUACAAAAACGUGUUGAAAUCAUAACAGAGCAGGAACAUUUGUUAGAGGAACUGGAAGCGACCCUGAAGAUGCUAACGGUCAAAAAUGAAGAACAAACCAAUAUUAUUAAAUUACUACGAAAUAAUUUGGAUGACAGAACUCAAGCGGAUAUAGAGAUCAAUCGACAACUUGACGAGAAGAAUACUGAAAUUGAAUCACUCAUGAAUUAUAUUGAAAAGAGAAAGGAACAAGUAUCACAAUUAGAGAAAAUAAUCCUAACUUUAGAAAAUCAAAUAGUCAAGUUAAGCAACCAAAAGAGAACAGCACGCGAAACUGUAUUAUCACUUGAGAAGAAGCUUAGUGAAUAUGAAUCAUAUAACAUUACAGAUACAAAGAAGACGAACUUACCGAUCGAUAACCUAGAUAAUUUAAUCAAUAUUCUAGAGUACGAGCUCACAAACCCUUCAGAUGAUCAAUUUAAUUAUUCAGAACAAGAAGUAGAAGCUCGUAGAAAUAAACGAAGAGCGCAUAAUGAUUUUAAAACUCAUAUUCAGGAUGAUUGUGAUAUGUACCAGUUGCUAAAAAAUGUGCCAACCAAAGGGAUGAGUACUUUUUCAAAAAAUAGAAGAAAUAUAAAUAAAGAUAAUUACAAAGGUGAUGGUGUUUGUGGAAACAAAAUAUUUCCUAGUGUGCCGGUGUCAGAAUUUGCUGCCGUGCCGAAAGGAGCUGCAAAUGCAACUAAGGAAAAUAAAAAUCUGCCCGUAGCACGUCAGCAUCACACUACAAAUGUCAAUUAUUGUUUGAUGCCCAAUCAUAUUAAAGACGAAAAAAAAUUAAAGAUGUUUAAACUCGCCGGUCAUAAAUUGCAAUAAAAUUGUGCAAGUGUAAAGUACCUACUUAUCAGCUGAUGGUGCAGUAAAAGAAAACUAAGUGUUCAAAAUAUUAGUUGAAAAUACAGUUACUGUUGUGUGCCCAUACCCACAGACAAUAUUGAAUAAUCCGAAGCUUAGUUUUGUAAAA